GGGGAAGAGUUCGUUGUUUGUUUACACGAUGUGAGCGGAAAAGAGACCAAUAAAGUUUAUUCUGGAAACAAAAGGAAAAAAAACAGGGUGACAGAGAAAGGAGACGGGGGCGGGGGCGUGUGGCGGGGGCUAGAGAGGAGAGGGAGCUAGAAGGAGAAAGCGGCAGUUCCGGUGCCGCCGCUGCGGCCGCUGAGGUCUAGGGCUGCUGCUGCCGCGGCCGCUGGGGCUGGGGCCGCCGGCGAGGCAGGGCUCGGGCCCGGCCGGGCAGCUCCGGAGCGGCGGGGGAGAGGGGCCGGGAGGCGGGGGCCGAGCCGCCCGCUCUCCUCUCCCUCGGCGCCGCCGCCGCCGCCGCCGCCGCCGCCCGCGGGGCUGGGACCCGAUGCGGUUAGAGCCGCGGAGCCUGGAGGAGCCCCGAGCAUUUCUGCUUUGGGACAGCCACGCAUCUAAUUCCUUAAAACAGUUUUGUAUGUAAAACUUGUAAAGGAUCAGAACAAUGCCUCCAAGACCAUCAUCAGGUGAACUGUGGGGCAUCCACUUGAUGCCCCCAAGAAUCCUAGUAGAAUGUUUACUACCAAAUGGAAUGAUAGUGACGUUAGAAUGCCUCCGUGAGGCUACAUUAAUAACUAUAAAGCAUGAAUUAUUUAAAGAAGCAAGAAAAUAUCCUCUCCAUCAACUUCUUCAAGAUGAAUCUUCUUACAUUUUCGUAAGUGUUACCCAAGAAGCAGAAAGGGAAGAAUUUUUUGAUGAAACAAGACGACUUUGUGACCUUCGGCUUUUUCAACCCUUUUUAAAAGUAAUUGAGCCAGUAGGCAACCGUGAAGAAAAGAUCCUCAAUCGAGAAAUUGGUUUUGCUAUUGGCAUGCCAGUGUGUGAAUUUGAUAUGGUUAAAGAUCCAGAAGUACAGGACUUCCGAAGAAAUAUUCUGAAUGUUUGUAAAGAAGCUGUGGAUCUUCGGGAUCUUAAUUCACCUCAUAGUAGAGCAAUGUAUGUCUAUCCUCCAAAUGUAGAAUCUUCACCAGAACUGCCAAAGCACAUAUAUAAUAAACUAGAUAAAGGGCAAAUAAUAGUGGUGAUUUGGGUAAUAGUUUCUCCAAAUAAUGACAAGCAGAAGUAUACUCUGAAAAUCAACCAUGACUGUGUGCCAGAACAAGUAAUUGCUGAAGCAAUCAGGAAAAAAACUCGAAGUAUGUUGCUAUCAUCUGAACAACUAAAACUCUGUGUUUUAGAAUACCAGGGCAAGUAUAUUUUAAAAGUGUGUGGAUGUGAUGAAUACUUCCUUGAAAAAUAUCCUCUAAGUCAGUAUAAGUACAUAAGAAGCUGUAUAAUGCUUGGGAGGAUGCCCAAUUUGAUGCUGAUGGCUAAAGAAAGCCUUUACUCCCAACUGCCAAUGGACUGUUUCACAAUGCCAUCUUAUUCCAGACGCAUCUCCACAGCUACACCAUAUAUGAAUGGAGAAACAUCUACAAAGUCCCUUUGGGUUAUAAAUAGUGCACUCAGAAUAAAAAUCCUUUGUGCAACCUAUGUGAAUGUAAAUAUUCGAGACAUCGACAAGAUCUAUGUUCGAACAGGUAUCUAUCAUGGAGGAGAACCCUUAUGUGAUAAUGUGAACACUCAAAGAGUACCUUGUUCUAAUCCCAGGUGGAAUGAAUGGCUAAAUUACGAUAUAUACAUUCCUGAUCUUCCUCGUGCUGCUCGACUUUGCCUUUCCAUUUGUUCUGUUAAAGGCCGAAAGGGUGCUAAAGAGGAACACUGUCCAUUGGCCUGGGGAAAUAUAAACUUGUUUGAUUACACAGAUACUCUAGUAUCUGGAAAAAUGGCUUUGAAUCUUUGGCCAGUACCUCAUGGAUUAGAAGAUUUGCUGAACCCUAUUGGUGUCACUGGGUCAAAUCCAAAUAAAGAAACCCCAUGCUUAGAGUUGGAGUUUGACUGGUUCAGCAGUGUGGUAAAGUUCCCAGAUAUGUCAGUGAUUGAAGAGCAUGCCAACUGGUCUGUGUCUCGAGAAGCAGGAUUUAGUUAUUCCCAUGCAGGACUGAGUAACAGACUAGCUAGAGACAACGAAUUAAGAGAAAAUGAUAAAGAACAGCUCCGAGCAAUUUGUACCCGAGAUCCUCUAUCUGAAAUCACUGAGCAAGAGAAAGAUUUUCUGUGGAGCCACAGACACUAUUGUGUAACUAUCCCUGAAAUUCUACCCAAACUGCUUCUGUCCGUUAAAUGGAAUUCUAGAGAUGAAGUAGCUCAGAUGUACUGCUUAGUAAAAGAUUGGCCUCCAAUCAAACCUGAACAGGCAAUGGAGCUUCUGGAUUGUAAUUACCCAGAUCCUAUGGUUCGAGGUUUUGCUGUUCGAUGCUUGGAAAAAUACUUAACAGAUGACAAGCUUUCUCAGUACUUAAUUCAGCUAGUACAGGUCCUAAAAUAUGAACAGUAUUUGGAUAACCUGCUUGUGAGAUUUUUACUCAAGAAAGCAUUGACUAAUCAAAGGAUUGGGCACUUUUUCUUUUGGCAUUUAAAAUCUGAGAUGCACAAUAAAACAGUUAGUCAGAGGUUUGGCCUGCUUUUGGAGUCGUAUUGUCGUGCAUGUGGGAUGUAUUUGAAGCACCUAAAUAGGCAAGUUGAAGCUAUGGAAAAGCUCAUUAACUUAACUGACAUUCUCAAACAAGAAAAGAAGGAUGAAACACAAAAGGUACAGAUGAAGUUUUUAGUUGAGCAAAUGCGGAGACCAGAUUUCAUGGAUGCUCUACAGGGUUUUCUGUCUCCUCUAAAUCCUGCUCAUCAACUAGGAAAUCUCAGGCUUGAAGAGUGUCGAAUUAUGUCCUCUGCAAAAAGGCCACUGUGGUUGAAUUGGGAGAACCCAGACAUCAUGUCAGAGUUACUCUUUCAGAACAAUGAGAUCAUCUUUAAAAAUGGAGACGAUUUACGGCAAGAUAUGUUAACACUGCAGAUCAUUCGCAUUAUGGAAAAUAUCUGGCAAAAUCAAGGCCUUGAUCUUCGAAUGUUACCUUAUGGUUGUCUGUCAAUCGGUGACUGUGUGGGACUUAUUGAGGUGGUGAGAAAUUCUCACACUAUUAUGCAGAUUCAAUGCAAAGGUGGCCUGAAAGGCGCACUGCAGUUCAACAGCCACACUCUACACCAGUGGCUCAAAGAUAAGAACAAAGGCGAAAUAUACGAUGCAGCCAUUGACCUGUUCACACGUUCAUGUGCUGGAUAUUGUGUUGCUACCUUCAUACUGGGAAUCGGAGAUCGUCACAAUAGUAACAUCAUGGUUAAAGAUGAUGGACAACUAUUUCAUAUAGAUUUUGGACACUUUUUGGAUCAUAAGAAGAAAAAAUUUGGUUAUAAACGGGAACGUGUGCCGUUUGUUUUGACACAAGAUUUCUUAAUAGUGAUUAGUAAAGGAGCCCAAGAAUGCACAAAGACAAGAGAAUUCGAAAGGUUUCAGGAGAUGUGUUACAAGGCUUAUCUAGCUAUUCGGCAGCAUGCCAAUCUCUUCAUAAAUCUCUUCUCAAUGAUGCUUGGCUCUGGAAUGCCAGAACUGCAAUCUUUUGAUGAUAUUGCAUACAUUCGAAAGACCCUAGCUUUAGAUAAAACUGAACAAGAGGCUUUGGAAUAUUUCAUGAAACAAAUGAAUGAUGCACAUCAUGGUGGCUGGACAACAAAAAUGGAUUGGAUCUUCCACACAAUUAAGCAGCAUGCUUUGAACUGAAAUGAUAACUGAGAAACCAAAAGCUCAUCAUCUGGAUUCUAUACUGCACUGUUAAUAACUGUCAACAGGCAAAGACUGAUUGCAUAGGAAUUGCACAAUCCAUGAACAGCAUUAGAAUUUACACAAGAACAGAAAUAAAAUACUAUAUAAUUUAAAUAAUGUAAACGCAAACAGGGUUUGAGAGCACUAAACUAGUUCAUUUCAAAAUUAAGCUUUAGAAUAAUGCGCAAUUUCAUGUUAUGCCUUAAGUCCAAAAAGGUAAACUUUGAAGAUUGUUUGUAUCUUUUUUUAAAAAAGAAAACAAAACAAAAAAACCCCAAAAUAUAUAGAAAUGGUGGAGAAGGAAAAAGAAUGAUGUUCUUUUUUUGUCUUGCAAAUGUUCUAUGUUUUGAAAUUGUGGACACAACAAAGUCUAUUAUUGCAUUAGGUCCAAGGAAACUGAAGUUUGAUGUUAAAUUGCAUUAAGAUUAGAAAAUAAUGAAGAUUUCUUAUUUUUCCAUUGCUGUUCAAUUUAUAGUUUGAAGUGGGUUUUUUUGACUCCUUGUUUAAUGAAGAAAACUGCUUGGGGUGGAAGGGACUCUUGAGAUUUCACCGGAGACUUUUCCUUUUUAAUAAAUCAAACCUUUUGACGAUAUGGGGUCUUAUCUGCAAAGUUUUGGAAGCAGUCACAAAUGAGACCUGUUAUAAGGUGGUGUUUUUGGGUUUUGUUUUUUUUUUCUUUUCUGGACAGUAUUUACAAGAAUCUGAUUCUUAUUUCCCAGGGAAAUUCUGGGCUCCCACAGAGUACAAUAAUCAUCAUAGAGAAAGAAUGAGCAGGAAAAGCUCUUGCUCCAGAAUUGUACAGUAUUCGCCUUAGGUUGAUUUUUUUUUCUCCUUUUGCAAUUGAAUUGAAUACAUUUUUCAUGCAUGUUUCCAGAAAAUAGAAGUGAGUAUUAAUGUUAUUAAAAAGAUUAUUUUUUUUAUUAAAGGCUAUUUAUAUUAUAGAAACUAUCAUUAAUAUAUAUUCUUUAUUUACAUGAUCUGUCCCAUAGUCAUGCAUUGUUUUGCACCCCAAAUUUUUUAUUGUCCGUAGCAGCAUGGUCAGCUUUUCUCUUGGUCCGUGGGUGAGGCUCAGGCACUAUCCCAUUUAUACCAAUGACUAGUGUAUAACUACAUAAGGAAAACAGAUUACAGUUCAUCCUCUUUCCUUUUAUUUCUGUUUUCGUAUGAAUCCCCCAUUUUCCACCUUCUUUUAUAGUUGAUAAUGCCUCAAUCAUGAAACUAGUUACCAAAAUUGACACAAUAUAGCAUAUCUUCCUGAUUGCUUCAGCCCCUCUACCCAGGUAUGCUCAUGAAUAAUACUUUAUAAUAUGGGGGAAUAGAAACCAUGAACUUUCUACCUUCUUAGGCUGUUUAUGCAAUAUCUUGAUAAUAAAAGUAGGACCUUAAACCAUUUUAAGAUCAUGUCCCAUUUCCAAGCGGUUAGGGCUCACUCUUCAACUUUAUUAAAUUGCAUUUGAGUACAGGAUGCAUUCUUAAACACUUUGGAAAACAUUAACCCAAGAUGUAGGGGCUAAUGCUAGUCAUCACUCUAGAAUCUGUUAUUUUAGUCAGUAUUUGAAAUGAAUGAUUAAUGCCCUAGGAAAUAGCUUUAGCAAACGUCCAGGUGCCACACCAGAAAAAGUGCAAUAAUUUACUGACAGUUUUCUAGAUUAGGCAUAUUAUUGGAAUACAACUUUAUAAAAAGUGUACAUUAUAUACUCUAGUAAAACAGCAUCACUUAAACGAUAUUCACUUAUGAAAUCAGUUACCUAUAAUAGAAGUCUUGAAUAGCGAACAAGGGACUCUAAUACAAAUACUCUAAAUAUUUGGCUGUUUUAGAACCCUUAAAGGGCCUAAUUAUUGGAGAUUUAGGUACUUCACUAAAGCAUGUACAUAAUAUUGCCAACAAGAAAAAUAAAUUUGAAAAUUAGGGGAACUUACUUCUGUAAACUGUCUUGGAAUAGUUAAGAAGAAUUUAAACUCCCAUUUUAAGCAGGAAGCCAAAUAGAUUCUUUUGCAGAUAGAGGUUUCAUAACUUAUUAAAAUUUGUUUAACAUUUUGUGCCUUUUAGAUAUAUUCAGUUAACACAUGCUAACAUCCCAGUCUUUUCUAUGUCAGGGAUUAAUUACAGGAAAACUCAGUGAAAUGGUACAAAUCUGAAACUCUGAUGGUAGAAACUGGAGAUUUAACCGAGAACCACGUUUUACCUGAGUGCCAAAAAAGCUUUGAGCUUCCUUGCACAAAAUGUAUAUAAUUUGUGCAUUUCUCACAUGAGCCCAGAUAGUUCCCUUCCCCUGGGACCUCUCCACCAUUAAAACACAAGCCACACAGCUUAUUUCAUCAUUUACAUUUAUUUUCAAUAGUUAUUACAACCAAGUUAAUUCUGUUUGAAGAAGCGUAGGCAAAUUUUACUAAGAAUUAAGAUUCUAUAGGUUAAGUGAUUUCGCUAAAAGCAAAGUAGGUUUUAAACAAAUCCAAGCGGAGUUUAAGCAAACAACAUUAAAAAUAAGAAAAAAAGGCCAGGUAGUGCUCAGAAGGCAAAGAACCAAAAAUUGAAUUGAAUGCUACAUGGGGUGACUAAGAUGUCAAGUCAACGGUAAGCCGUUUCCAGGUAGUGCAGUGUCUGGUCACCCCCCCCCCCCCCAAUGGAUUGGUCAGUUCCUGUGGCCGACCAUUCUUGUCACUGAAUGUGGUAUAACCCACUGUUGACUCGACAGUCUCAUUUGGUCACUUGAGAAAUAACUUCCUUCAAUGACUUUCGGAGGAAAAAAAAAAACCAAGCAGGUUUAAAGAACCUAAAGAAAAUAAAACCUAAUUUUAAACACAUUCUAGUAAGAUAUAAUCUGAAAAUCAUGUUUUAACUUUUUAUCAUAUUCUCAGCUAUACAGAAUCAUUUAUUUUGAAGAUUUUUAGACUGCUGUUAAUUUGAAAUCUGUUAAUCAUAUUGUAGAAUUUGGUUUUUAAAAAAUGUUUCUAAUUGGAUUUUUUUAAAGAAGAAUGGAAUUUGGUCACUAUUUUCUGAUAGAACCUAAGCUUUUUGUGGUUCUUAGUGUCCUCUGUAAAACUCAGUGUCAAAGUAAUCAACUUUGAGGUUUUCCCUUCUAAUCUGCUUUAUAUUAUAAGCCCUUUAGGAAAUGGGAACCUGGUGAAUAUACAAUGAAUUGUAAAAUAUUUUAAUGUGUAAUUUUUUCAACUGUGAAACUAUGACUAUUGGUUUUUGAUGAAAACAGCUGCUGAUAAAGUAUUUUGUGUAAAGUGUAGUUCUUAUUAAUCAGGAAAAUAAUCAAUGACUUGAUUAGAAUGUAUAUACCCUCUUGGAUUUUAUUUUAAAUGGAUUGGUGAUUUUCACAUAGGUAAAACACAGUCCAUCUGUAUUCUUUUUCCAUCAAAAAUUGAGCGAUCUAGCAUCAUAAAAAAAUUAUGAGCAGCCUAUCUGUUUUAAAAGAACCAUGGAAAUUUCACAACACAUAAACUUGGAUUUGUUUGUUAACGAUUUUAUAAAUCCUUUUAAUUCCUAUUCUGACCCAAUAGCCCAUGCUUGCCAACUCUUUGGAAAAAAAAAAAAUUGAUUUCCAGCAUUAUUUUAAAGUCAGCAGGUUAACCUUUUCUGAAUGUUUUGACUUUUGUUUCUAUGUCUACACAAACUGCAGACCUGGGCUGGACCCACAUACUUGGAAUCCACCUUAAAAAUCGAUUUUGAUGUCCAAGACAUCACUAAAAUAUUGAGUUUAAAGACCCUAUGCGGUGUUAAUGGAUUGUGGUGCUUCUCCUAUCUAAAAACAACUUUCAUACUUCAGAUGUUUUUGAGAAGAGGGGAAUGUGGAAGGAGGGGGCAGAAGAAGAGGGGGAGUCUGUUUGAAUGAAUUACAUUCUUCGUGCCCAUCCUGCUCAGAUGAGGCGCUUCUAAGGGAAGCCUUAGAUGGGGCCUUCGAAAGACAAGGCAGAAAGCUGUGAGUAUACUGUGCAUACCAGGAGGGAAAUAAAUAACUCUUCCUCAAGGACGGCAUUGUGAGGGCUGAAGUAUAAAACUCAGCAUGGACAGGAUCCUCAGAUAACAAUUAUUGGUGACAGAGAAAUACAGCUGGGCUGUUUUUUAAAAUAUAAACACAAACCAUUUUUAUUUUUUAAUUGUUACAUUAAAAUUAUAAAUGUAUCUUACGCGC